GUCUUCUUGAUGCAGGUGCGUCUUCCUUGCCCGCAUCGCGGGCAGCCCACGCAACUCAGAUGGCCUAGCCAUGUCGAAGAGCCCGCGAAAGCCCGGCUUCGCCGUGCAAGUGAACGUGCGAGUGAAGCCCUGCGAAGGGGGCAGCUUGCCAGGUGAGAUCGGCUCCUUCCGCACCCUGGGCUCCGAGUGCAGCCAGGAGAGCGCCUUCGACACCGUCGCGCCCGCCUUGUGCGAGAGCUUCCUGCAGGGCUGCAACUGCACGCUGUUUGUGUACGGCCAGACUGGGAGCGGCAAGACCCACACCCUCUUCGGCCCUCCCAGCUGCUUUGCCCGGCAUCUGCUUCAUGAAGCUGGGCAGGAGGGCCAGGACUUUCCGGCCGCCUGGGGCGUCUUCCCCCGCGCGGCCAUGCAGUUCCUGCGGCAGGGGCCGCUCACGGCCAGCGUGGCGGAGGUGUACAUGAACAACUGCUUUGACCUGCUGAACAAUCGGAACCAGGUGCAGGUGGCUGGCUCCAAGAAGUGCAGCAUCGCCGCCCACGGCCCGGAGUUCUUCUCCAAGGAGAUGUCGAGCUUCAAAGUGGCGGGGCAGACUCAGAUGACCCUGCAGAACUUGCAAGACGUGUUGAGCCUCAUGUCCAUCGUGGACGGCUCCCGGACCACCAAGUCCCAUGCCAUCAACGACCGCUCCAGCCGCUCCCACUGCAUCGUGACCGUCACCACCCCCCGCACCGGAGGCAAGUUCCUCUUCGUGGAUCUCGCAGGCUCUGAGCGCAUCGCCAAGUCGCUGGCGCCGGACAACUUCUUGGCCAACUCAGCGGGACAUGUCCUGGACAUCCGGGCCGAGGAGGCGAAAAAUAUCAACCUCUCGCUGACCGCCCUGGCGCGGGUCAUUGCAGCGCUGGCCAAGAGCUCGCCCUUCGUGCCGUUCAGGGACUCCGUGCUCACCAUGAUGCUGAAGGACAGCCUCGCGGGCAACUGUCGCACCGCGGUGGUGGUGACGGUCUCAGAAGAUCCCCAACACCAGGAGGAGACCAUCUCCAGCCUCGGCUUUGCACGGCUCUGCCAGAGCGUGAAGACAGAGGUCACCCAGCUGAAAGCACGGGACGCUGGUGACGUUGUCAAGGUGCGGCAGCAGCUGCAGCAACUGGAGCAGCAGCUGGCGGAGUUGGAGGCCAAAGGCGGCGCAGGCGGCGCGCCUCGGACGGAGCCGGAGCCGGAGCCGGGAGGUGAAUCCCAGCUUCCCGAAGACCACCCGCGAGGGCUUCGUGGCGAACCAGAGGAAGCUGAUGGAGCAUAUCGGGAACCUCCGGUCCUGCCAGGCAGCGCUGACGGAGUUGAAAGCCGCCAAGAAGGAGGACAGCGCGGAGUUCCUGGAGAAGAGUCAGCAGCGGUCCUACGAGGAGUCGCAGAUCACCAACCUGAAGGGUAUCCUGAUCCGCUCCCAGUCCACCGGGGUCUGGAAGGAGCCCAGCAAGCCCUACAUCUACAAGCUGGCUGCCAAGCGAGAGUUGCAGCACGAGCUGGCAGCGUUGGGUGAACAUGUACAGGUCCAGGAUAGCUUUGUGAUGACGUUAAAGGACCUCCUAUCAUGAAAGGAGGUGUGGCAAUGUUUUUUUUUUUUUUUUCGUCACAGCUCAGCUCCAAAGGAGAUUGAGGUAUGACAAGGUUGCCAAUGGAGAGAAA